UUUUUGAUAUUCUGUUCGGGAAAACUUCAGAGUCAAAUUCUUCCGAAUCCAUUGGCGGCAGAUUCACGUGGCUGAAAGCCUGACGUUCCGACUGUUCCACCUUCCUUUCUUUUCUGCUCUUUUCUAGCGGCUUAUCGCUCACUUCUGCAUCUUUUCGUUUUCUUUGUUCCAUAAAUUUGGUUACAGCUUCGAAGAUUCAAGUCUUGCCAUCGAGUUUCUACCACGUCCGACAGAGAGACUUCACCUUCUUGUGCGUGGCCCCCUCAUUGAUGUAGAAAGGAAGACUGCUGCGGCUUCAUAUUUGCGGUCUUCGUUUUGGUAUCGCUCUCGCUGCUCAAAUACAAUCGGCUACUGCAGUACUGCCUCCCCACGGUUUCCUAAUUGCAGAAGAAUGGGAUGCAAGGGGCUCCUCCUUUCUGCACCAAUUUCCAUUUGCGUUCUACCAUUUAAGGGUGGCAAGACUCCUAUACUCCCAUCAAAGAUGGUGACCACCCCACCCUCUCUUCGACGUGCCAUUGGCCCAGCUCUGCUGAGGAGGAUCACCAAAUCUGCUCUCUCAUCUGCCCCCAUUUCAAACAUGUCCUCCGCUCCAGGCCAACCCAUUCCCUGCAAAGCUGCUGUUGCGUGGGAAGCUGGAAAGCCAUUGGUCAUAGAGCAGGUGGAGGUCGCUCCCCCACAAGCACUAGAAGUCAGGAUCAAGAUCAAAUAUACCUCACUUUGCCACACUGAUAUUUAUUUCUGGGAGGCAAAGGGCCAAGACCCAUUGUUUCCGAGGAUUUUCGGUCAUGAGGCAGCUGGAAUUGUGGAGAGCGUUGGAGAAGGGGUAACAGACUUUCAAGUGGGUGAUCAUGUUCUUCCAGUUUUCACUGGAGAAUGUAAAGAGUGUGCUCACUGCAAAUCUGAAGAAAGCAACAUGUGUGAACUGCUGAGGAUAAACACAGACCGAGGUGUGAUGCUUAGUGAUGGAAAAUCCAGGUUCUCUAUUAAUGGAACUCCAAUAAAUCACUUCGUAGGCACAUCAACAUUUAGCGAAUACACCGUUGUGCAUCAGGGUUGCCUUGCAAAAAUCACUCCAUUGGCACCAUUGGACAAGGUGUGUGUGCUGAGCUGUGGAAUAUCAACAGGCUUAGGUGCCACCCUCAAUGUAGCAAAACCAAAGAAGGGAUCGUCUAUCGCUGUCUUUGGCCUGGGUGCUGUAGGACUUGCUGCGGCUGAAGGUGCAAGAAUUGCUGGUGCAUCAAGAAUUAUUGGUGUCGAUUUGAAUUCUAAUAGGUUUGAAGAAGCAAAAAAGUUUGGCGUUACAGAGUUUGUGAACCCGAAAGACCAUGACAGGCCAGUUCAGGAGGUUAUUGCAGAGAUGACUGGUGGAGGGGUAGAUAGCAGUGUUGAAUGCACUGGAAACAUCAAUGCUAUGGUAUCAGCAUUUGAAUGUGUUCAUGAUGGGUGGGGUGUAGCUGUGCUGGUUGGAGUUCCCAACAAGGAAGCUGUUUUCAUGACUAAGCCCAUCAAUGUGCUCAAUGAAAGAACGCUAAAAGGAACCUUUUUUGGGAAUUAUAAACCUCGGUCCGAUCUUCCUUCUGUUGUUGAUAUGUAUAUGAGAAAGCAAUUGGAGUUGGAGAAGUUCAUCACUCAUCAAUUGCCUUUCUCUGAAAUCAAUAAGGCAUUCGAUCUGAUGUUGAAGGGUGAAGGUCUGCGAUGUAUCGUCAACAUGGAAGGAUAGAUACGAUCAGAACAUGUCAAGUUGGGCCAGUCUUGGUGCUUGCCUCGUAUUGACAUAGCUGGAGUCUGCUGCACUUUGAAUUAAUCUAAUCAUGUUGAAACUGUCAUUGCUUCAGUCGAUAACAAGUUUAUUACGACUGCGAGACCCUACCCUUUUUCAUUCUGCUAAUGCAAUAAUUUUGUGGUAUUCACAAGGCACAGAUAAGUUUUGCAGGCCUGUCAACUGCCGGUGUCUUCUUAUCAGGCUUGCACCAAAUAAAAGAUUAGAAUUACUUUAGAAUCGUAUAGCUUGCCAAGAGUUUUAGUUUUUUUCAAAUAAUUCACUGUCCAGGGUAUUACAUUCUCUGCUUGAAUGAUCUUUGACUAUGUGAUAUUUAUCCAGAAUGAAGAAUUUUCUCUUCUCCU